AUGCUCACCACUAUACCACCAACGCUGCACAGCCCGGGCCGCCCCCGGACGCCGGCCCAGGCUCCGCACCAGCGCCUCCUCGCCCUCUCGCCACCGCCUCCGCCGCCUGCCGCAGCCCUGCCCCGACGUGCCGGCCGGCCGCAGCUCUGCGCCGUCGCGGGCGCCACCAGCGGCCGCCCGGCGCCCCACCCGCGCCACCCCCACGCAGCCCUGGCUGCUCCGCAGGCAACGACCGCCCCGCCGCCUCCGCCGCCCGCCUCUGGGGGCGCUCUCGCCGCCCUGCGGCUCCCGGGCCCUCGGCUGCCCGCCGGGGAGCCCCGCCCCUUGCCCCCUGCCCCCGCCCGGCAGCGGGCAGCUGUCCGUCGCGUGAGCGAGGAGCCCGUGGCGGCCAGCCUCCCGUCAGGAGGUCCCGGCUGGGCUGGGCCGAGCCCGCACUCGCCAGGGCGCCAGGGCGCCAGGGCCGACGAGGAAGGCAGGGGUGCGGGGGUGUCGGGUCGACGGCGGCAGGACGGGCCCCCGCGGUCCGCCCCGCGCCUCUGGCCAGCACUGGGGCCGGGGCGAGGCACGAGGGAGGAGAAGGAGGACAAGGAGGAGAAGGAGGAGAAGGAGGGCCCUGGGGCCGGCGUACGUUUGGGGCAGCGCGGCGGCGGCGCCCGCGACCAAAAGAGGGCGUGUCUCGCCUCCCCGUCGGGGAAUCGAACCCCGGUCUCCCGCGUGACAGGCGGGGAUACUCACCACUAUACUAACGAGGACGGCGGCGGCGGCCGCCCGGGCGCCGACCCCUCUCCGCCCGCCCGCCCGCCCGCCGGCCUGCCUGCCUGCCCACGCCCACCCGGGCCCUCAGCGUACCGCGCCGAGCCCGUCCUGCCAGGCGCCCGCCACGUGCCCCGGGCCACGGCCCACCCGGCCCCGACCCCCCGGCCGCCGCGUCAGCGCGCACAGCAGUCCCCCGGCCCGACUCGGAGCGUCGCGCCCCCGGACCCCGCCGCCGCCCCCGCCCCCGCCCAGGCCGCGCGGGGAUGGCGGCGGAGAAGACGCCCGACACGGCAAGCAGGGCUGCGCGAGGCGAGCCGGAGGCCCCGCGCCGGGGAUGGGCCGCGGCGGGCGGCCGGGGGCGGCGGGGGGGCCGGACGCCGGCAGGCAGGGCCAGCCGCGGGCCGAAAUGCCGGCAGCCCCCGCGGGCCGGGCCACGCUCCCACUGAGGGGCGCGCCUCGCUCGCCUCCUCGCUCUCCCAGCCCCGCCCUACACCUCCCCCGCCCGCCCGCCGGGAGCGCGGGGUCCCCACGGCGGGCAGCCGAGCCCUCCGCGCGCCAGCCAGAGACGGGACCCCCGCCCCGUUCGCUGGGCCUGGCCCGGGGGGGCGGGGUGGGGUCCACCCCGCCGUGGUGGCUCCGGGGAGCCCUGAGCGCAAGGCAGCCCUGCCUCCCCGGGCCCCCUCCGCGCCGGAAGCCGCUGCGGGGCCGGGGCUCCAGGACGCCAGCGCGCUCCCUCACCGCGCCGCCCGCCAGCCAGCCAGCCGGCGGCCGCUCCGCCCAAGCGCACCUGCCGGCCUCACCCCACCGCAGCCCAGCCGGCCCGACGGAGAGCUGCGGGCAGAGCUCACACGCCUUUCUUUGGCCUCUUGGCUUGGGCGCUACUCGGCGGCCCCCAUCUCCGACGACGACACCGACGCCGACACGCACACACGCGCACCCACCCCCCCCCACCCCGCGGCACCCCGGGAGCGCACACAAUCCGAGCUCCGGGCCCCAGCCGGCCCCCGCCGGCGCGCACUGCACGGGCCGGAGAGCCAUCCGCCCAUGGGCCUUCGGGGGGCGCCGGGAGGGAAGGGAAGGUCCGCGCUGAGCUGCGCCGGCCACAGACGCCCCGCGCUGCCUGGGAAUCGGGCGCGGGUCAGGCUUGGCCAGGCUGCUCCUCCCGGCAGGACAGUGUCUGGCGGCGGCCCCGCCCCAGGGAGAGGGCGCAGGGUGAGCCGAGUCCGCCUCGGGGCCUCGCUGGGACCGUGGGCGCCGCGCGCCGGCCCGAGCCCGAGCCCGAGCCCGAGCCCGAGCCCUCGGCGCAUCUGCACGGGCGCGGAGCCUGUCUUGCAGACCGCGGGCCCGCCGCCCGCCCCCGCGCAGCGGGUGCUCACCACUGGCCGUGCCGGGACGACGACGAGCGCCGCUGGGGAAGCCGUCUGGUGGCCGCCGCCACCGGUGCAUGGGUGGUUCAGUGGUAGAAUUCUCGCCUGCCAGCGGGAGGCCCGGGUUCGAUUCCCGGCCAUGCAGCGCGCCGCCCCCUUUUGGCCGCGCGCGCCCGGCUUCCUCGCGCACGCGCUCAAGCCACAGGGCCUGAGCCUGAACCAGCUGUGCUCACGCCGGGGGCCCUGCCCUCCUGCCCCGCCCCGCUUCCCCCUGCCGACUU